AUUUAAACCAAAAAAAGUAAAAUAUCACAAGCCUCAAUCUUCCCUCCAAAAAUUUCCCACCAUCCGAGUCUUUCUUGCGCACUUCAUAGUCGUCCGCAGCCACUCCCAACGCCGCCAUUGACGAAGCUUUAAACUCCAUCGCUGAAAAAUCCGGCUGCACGGGAACCGCCUAGCGCUGACGUUGCUGCCUCGCCGAUCCGGCUGCAAAAUCCGUGAGUAUAUUUCAGAUUAGUGCAAUUUGAUUCGCCGUCAGGAGUUUCUCCGAUCGAAGGAAAUAAAUUCUCAGUUUCAGUGCCACAUUUCCUGUUACUUCGCCGCAGUGCGAACUCCGUAAAAUGGGCCGAGACAACCCGGCUGAGCAAGCGGUAGUCCUGCUCCGAACCCGUAUAUGCAAUCCGAAUUUCAUCUUCACUCUUUUUUCCGACUCCCCUGACAGCAAUUACAGCAAAUUGAAGUAUAUAGUAUCUAGCUCUGUCACCGAAGCUUGUAACAAUUCUGUUUUGCUUCUUGGUCCGCGUGGUUGCGGAAAAAAUGCGGUUUUGGAGCUUGUUCUCGAGGCUUUACUUAAGGAGUUUCCAGAUAUGAUCUCCGUGAUUAAGCUCAAUGGGCUGUUGCACAGUGAUGACAAUUGUGCCUUAAAGGAGAUCACGAGGCAAUUAUGUUCGGAGCAUCAGCUGGUUUUCUCAAAAAUGGCAUCAUUUGAUGAUAACUCUCAAUUCUUGAUAGCUAUGCUAAGGGAGUGUGGAUUAGCUCAUAAAACAGUUAUCUUUGUACUGGAUGAGUUUGAUCUUUUUACACAGGGUAAACAACGGUUGCUCUAUAGUCUGCUAGAUGCAAUGCAAUCUGUGACAUCACAAGCUGUGGUUAUUGGUGUCAGUUGCCGGUUGGAUGCUGAUCAACUUUUAGAGAAAAGAGUAAGGUCUCGUUUCUCACAUAGGAAGCUGAUAUUUCUACCUCCAUCAAAGGAAGAUUUGGAACGAAUUCUCAAGCACAUUUUGCUGUUGCCAAAGGACUUCGGCCUUCCUACUAAAUAUGUAGAUGCUUUCAAUACCAAGCUUCUUAGUAUUUUAUCAGAUGACAAAUUCAAAGACAUCGUUGAGUCAUUGUGUACCUAUGAUUCAACUUUCAACCAUCUUUUAAGAUUCCUGUUCUCUGCUGUGUGUCAAAUGGAUAUGAAAUCUGGUUUCCUAUCACUUGAUAACUUUAGAACUGCACUCUCAAAUACUCAAAGGCAACCCAAGUUGGAAUGUCUGAAAGAUUGCUCUAUUUUGGAGCUAUAUAUUCUUGUUUGCCUGAGAAGGUUGGAAGCCAACGAGCAAGAAACAUGCAACUUCAACUCUAUAAUGAAAGAGUACAAAAUUGUUCACGAUUCUUUCAAAACAAGUGAUUAUUAUGCAAGGGAUGUUUGCCUCCGGGCAUUUGAGCACCUUUUGCAGCGUGAGCUAAUCUCCUUCGUGGAGAAUAGAGGCCACAACCAGUCUAUUGAAUUCAGGCCAGUACAGCUUCUAAUAUCACUGCAUGAACUUCAACAAGGACUGAAAUCUUGGGGCUGUUGUCCGGUUAUUCUCCAUAAAUUAAUCUAAUCACAACCUUGUCAUCAGCAUUUUUGGCGCACCAUUCCAAACACUCUCUUAAGAUGAUCAGAAGUCUUGUAUCUCAUUUCUCAAGCACCAUCCUUCUGCAUUCUCCUCGGUUUAGCAAUAUAUGUGUAUGCAUUUUCCAUGAAUUGACAAAAUUAGUGGGUUUUCGUGGCUGGCCAAUUGUUCUUUGACACGUAAACAGAAAAAUUUGCAUGUUUAUUAUUAUUAUUA